AUGUGCAUGUUUACCCAAGUUAAUCUAGUUUUUCUUCUCCUGACUAGACAUUUCCACUGCUUCCUUAAGGCCACUAGCUCAGGAGAACCAAGUCGUCAGGUUCCUAAACAGGGUACUACUGCUGGGUAUUCCCUUAAAUCUUGCAAUCCAGACUCGAGACCAUGUCUAGCAGGGCUGUAUGAAGAUGUGGAUUUCCCAGGAGCCGAUUACAGGAGCCUUUUCACAGCAGAUCAGUACGAGUGUCAGAGAGCCUGCACCGACGAUCCUGGCUGUCAGUUCUUCAGUUUUUUCAGUGGCGCAUUUAAUCAGCUGAAUGUCAGGUACAAGUGCAACCUUAAAUUUAGCUGGACAGUGCCGAGAACACCGAUAGUUCGAGCCCUGUCGGAUAGAAUCUCUGGAUUUUCCCAAAGGAUGAAACCAGAGUCCUCCCUCACCGAGUGCAAGGGAACACUUUUUCCAAACGUCAACCUUCCUGGACAUGACAUUGAAGUUCUAGCUGCUGCCUCUCCUGAACAAUGUCAGGUGUUGUGCUCUGAUCACCCACUAUGCACAUACUUCACCUAUGUCAGUAAUGGCUUUAGAUGUUACUUGAAGAAUAAUGAAGCUGAAAUGGUCCCCAGGACUGAAAAUGGGGCCACAUCUGGAUUGCCAGCACGCUCCUGUCAGCUGGAUAACGGUUGGACCAAAGUGGUUUAUGAGGGAAUAGAUUUCCCGUAUUCAGAUAUACGCUUUUUUCCACUGGACAACUUUAAGUCGUGUGAGAAAAGCUGCACCGAGGAUCCCAAUUGCCAGUUCUACAGCUACGUCACCACAAGGUGACAGAGCAAGCCAACACGGUGUCC